AACAGCCGUGCUAAAUUUCAUAAUAUUCAGUUUAAAAAAAAAAAGUUUCCAUAUCAUUUUUCAAUAUAUUAUAUGAUGCAUAAAUAGCACUGCAAUAAAUUAUGUGAUGCUAAGAAUCUCACACAGUGCCCCACGCGCUGAACUUGUGCAGGGAGGGAGUAAUGGAUCUCAUCCGGGAAAGCAAGCACCAUAUGAUAUUGUUCAACAAUUCUGUUUCUCUUUUAAAUGGGCUUGCUAUAUCUCUGCACCUUUAAUUCCAGAACUUUCCAAAAUAAAUGCGCUUAUACAGAGACUCUUAAAAUAAGCAGGGUGCAGUUCCGAGAAGAGCCACUGCAGGGGGGCGGGCUUAAAAUAGAAACAGAAGUAAGCGAGUUCUGCAAAUUGAUAAGCGAAACUGAAUUAUAAAACCUUUAAAAAGAAAGAAGACAGCCCCAUACGCCAUGAGAUGAAACACCAACAAUCAACCGUGAAAAACACUGAGAAAAUGUCUUGCAGUAAACUUUCAUAGCCAUAAAUGUGAAACACUAGUACCGCUGGUGGUAAGAGAGGAAACACAAAACGGGGAACACACUAAUACAGCGGCGGCAGAAAACCGGUGAACAGUCAGUGAUAUUUGAUAGUGGAGAGUACAGUAUCAUUUCCAUAAAGACGAUACACGGCACUGUACAACAACUGAGAAUAUGCCAGCGAAGCGUCGCUCCCAGCCGGCUUCAGUGCCCAUGCUAAAACAAUCCGGGAACGAGUGCUUUAAAAACGGGCAGUACGGAGAGGCUGCCUCGUUUUACUCACAGGCCGUCACCCUUCUGCAGAAAUCAGGUAAGAACAGCCCAGAGGAGCUGAGUGUCCUGCUUUCAAACCGAGCAGCGUGCUUCCUGAAGGAGGGUAACUGCACUGACUGUGUGAAGGAUUGCACUGCCUCUUUGGAAUUGGUUCCCUUCGGAGUAAAGCCAUUACUGAGACGUGCAGCUGCUUACGAAGCACUGGAGAGAUACAGGCUGGCUUAUGUUGACUACAAGACUGUGUUGCAGUUAGACUGUACAAUAAAAGCUGCUCACGACGGCACAAACAGAAUGACACAGGUUUUAACGGAACAAGACGGUCCAAGCUGGCGAGAGAAACUUCCCCCGAUACCUACAAUAUCGCUAUCGGAUCGAGAGAGAUUGGCUGAAGCUGAUGCAAAAGCACAAGGUGAUCGCAUCUCUACAGCUCAGCAAAAUGGCACCAAAGUGACAGCAGACAGAGUUCCCAGUGCUGAAGCCAUGAAGCGUGCCCAUGCACUGAAGGAGGAAGGAAAUGCGCUUGUGAAGAAAGGGGAUCACAAAGCGGCUGUGGAAAAAUACACUGCAAGCAUCGAACUGAACCCCAAAGAAGUCACGACCUACACAAACAGAGCUCUUUGUCACUUGUCAUUAAAAAAGUACCAAGAAGCAACAAAAGACAGCGGAGAAGCCCUGAAGCUGGACCCUGGUAAUGUCAAGGCAUUGUAUCGGAGAGCUCAGGCACACAAGGAACUCAAAGAUUACAAAGCUUGCGUUGCAGAUCUGAAUGCCUUGCUGAAGACCGAGCCCAAGAACGUCACUGCUCUGAAGUUACUCCAUGAUGUGCGAAAGAUCCAGUAGUAGUGCCUGGGUACAUGCAACAUACACAACUCUGGGUUAGAUAAGAUUGUGUUUCUUGUUUAGCGGCUGUGUAGUUAAAUUUAGAGCAUUUGGUGGCAGGGCUGUCAUCCAGUACUUCAAUAUAUACUGCAUCAUGCAACCUUGUAUGAAUCAAGAAUGUGGUUGAGCUGUAUUUAUUACUCAAGAGCCUCAGCAAUUGUUCCCUAUUUCUGUCUUUCCAGUUACUGCUACUGUGUGCUUGCAUGUUUGGUAAGGUUACAUUUUUUUGCAUUUAAAUGCAUACAAAAACACAACUUGGUUUUGUAUACACAGCAACAGCACUUGCAAAUGCUUUCCUAUUGCAUUUAUACAAAAUGUGGAUGCAGAGUUUCAGAUUUGUGUUCAGUGGCCUGGCUAAAUCGGUGGUCUAAUGGUUUGUAUCCCUUCCUUGAGGAUUUUAAAUGGUGAUGUCCACGUCAGUGAAAAAAUACUGUGACAUUUUCCAAUUCAGUCGCAUCGAUGAAUAGGAUAGCCAACCAUUGUGUUGGAAAGGAAAGAAAAGAAAAAAAAAUUAUCUGGCUAACAAACAUCCCAGCAUUUGCUUAAAAUAUGUUGGACAGAACGAGUUUGGGCUCACUCCGACUAUCCCACAUACAUACCAAGAUAUAAUGAGAUACCCUUUGUCAAAAUACAGACACAAUCUCUCCCCAAAACAUUUGUAAUUAGAUCUAUCUCCAUAUUUAAAUCCAUACAGAUUCUUAAAGUACUGCAAGUGUAGCAUCCAAAAAGCUGUAUUGCACUAUUCCUAUACUCAGGUAUAACUAUUGCUGUAUGUUUACUUUUCAAAGUUGUGCUCUCUGUAUACAAUAAACUAUUGUUGAAACUUAA